GCUGGAUUCCGCCAUCGGUCAGAUCCGCGUCGGUUGGAGACGGUAAAUGAGGAGUGUGUGUGUCAGUGUGUGUGUGUGUGUGUGUGUGUGUGUGUGUGUGUGACGGUGUGAUGUCGGUGCUGCAGUAGAGCAGCAGGAAACGGCUCAGAGGGGCUUAAAUCAUCACAUGCAGCUUCACCGGGGGCCUGAGUGAGAGGACUUCACCUCACUGGACUGGACCAGCACAAACAGGGUCCAUGGAGGAGCUGGACCCAGAGGAGCAGUUCCUGCGCUGCGCCAGGAACGGAGAUCUGCCUGGGAUCCAGAAGCUCCUCAUGUCCAAGAUCAGAGAGGAGACACAGAUCAACAUCAACUGCAAAGGAAAAAGUAAAUCCAACCUGGGCUGGACGCCUCUUCACCUGGCCUGUUACUUUGGACACAGAGAUGUGGUGGAGGAAUUACUCAAGGCGGGGGCAGACGUCAACUUGCCCAAUAACAUCGGAGACACGGCGCUGCACAAAGCCGCCUUCACAGGAAGAAAGUCAAUCAAUCAAUCAAUCACUGAAUCACGUAUUGAUCAGGAGGUUGUCAUGCUGCUGCUGCACUAUGAUGCAUGCGCUACUGUCAUCAAUGGGACAGCACAGAUUCCCAAAGAUGUCACUCAAAAUGCAGAAGUCAGAAGCAUGUUGGAAGCGGCUGAAAGAACAGAGGAGAGGAAACUGGAGGAGAAACUUUUGGAAGCUGCACGAGAAGGAGACCUUCCAACUCUGAAUCAGCUGCUCAGCAGGAAGAAGCUUCCAGACAUCAACUGCACAGACCUGCUGGGUAACACGCCGCUGCACUGUGCAGCCUAUCGCGGCCAGAGGCAGUGCGCCCUGAAGCUGCUGCGGAGCGGAGCCAGCCCCAACAUCAAGAACAAGAACAACCAGACAGUGUUUGACCUGGCCAGCGAUACAGCAAUGAGGCAGGUCCUUGAAGGCAGCGUUCAUCGAGGUAUGACCCACCACGUCAAGAAGUUCGAGGGACUCCUGUGGAAGAGCUCCAGGUUCUUUGGCUGGCGCUCCUACUGGGUCGUCCUUCAGGAUGGAGUUUUAUCCUGGUACUCAAAACAGUCGGAUGCAGCUUCUAAUGUCAGACGUCAAGGCUGUAAGUCCCUGACACACGCCCACUGCUUGAUCAGAGCCAAGGAUCACUGCUUUUUUACCCUCAAGUGCUUCGAUGACAGCGUGCAUCACUUCAAGGUGUCGCCUAAAAACGACCCCGAGGCAACAAGGAAAGCGUGGCUGGAAGCGCUGGAGGAGCACUCGGCCUACAGCACACACUACUGCUCCCAGGAGCAGGGCAGCGAGGAGGAGGAGGAGGAAGCGGUGUCACUCGGGGAGUUAACAGACUCACUUCAGGCAGCGGAGAGCAGCCACAGGAAGCUGGAGAAGGAGGUGGCAGCUUUCCUGUCCAUGUUGAAGAAUGACAAGCUGCUGGCAGAAAGCUUUCCGUCCUCCGUGCUGCAGAAGAUGGAAGAAAUCUGUGAGUUGUCCAGUGAGACCAGCUCCAGUCUCAGUGUCUGUCUCGGCCUCUUCUCCAGACAGGAAGGGGUGCGCAGUCUGAAAUUGGAGCAGGAGGUGGAGAAGAAUAAGAUCCUCUCGGAGGCGCUGCAGACUCUGGCCACAGAGCACCACGAACUUGAACAAUCCGUCGUCAAGGGAUCUUCGCCGCGCAGCGUCCUGAGCGAGGAUGAGUUCCACGACGCCGUGUCUGAGUCGGACUCGGAGCUCUCCCUGAGCGGCUUUGAGACGGUGGCCAGCCAUUCGUUUGAGGAGGACGAGGAGGAGGACGAAGGCUCUGUCAUGCUAAGCAGCCCUUGCAGCAGCCCCACCAGCAUGUUGCAGGAGGAUCACCAUGGCGACAAGGACGAGACUCAGCCCAAUGGGAUCACAAAGCACAGGACCAGUUUACCUGCACCCAUGUUUUCAAGAAACGACUUCAGCAUCUGGAGUAUCCUGAGGAACUGCAUUGGAAUGGAACUCUCCAAGAUUACAAUGCCGGUCAUUUUUAACGAGCCGCUCAGCUUCCUGCAGCGUCUGACAGAGUACAUGGAGCACACGUACCUCAUACACCAGGCCAACGCCUCAUCAGACUCUAUUGAGAGGAUGAAGUGUGUGGCUGCGUUCGCCGUGUCAGCUGUGGCCUCCCAGUGGGAGCGCACAGGUAAACCCUUCAACCCGCUGCUGGGAGAAACGUAUGAGCUGGUCAGAGACGAUCUGGGCUUCAGGCUCAUAUCGGAGCAGGUGAGCCACCACCCACCAGUCAGCGCCUUCCACGCUGAGGGCCUGAAACAAGACUUUGUGUUUCAUGGAUCCAUCUACCCCAAACUCAAGUUCUGGGGCAAGAGUGUGGAAGCUGAGCCCAAAGGCAUCAUCACGCUGGAGCUGCCCAAGUACAAUGAAGCCUACACAUGGACAAAUCCUACAUGUUGUGUUCACAACAUCAUUGUGGGCCAGCUGUGGAUCGAGCAGUAUGGAAACGUGGAGGUGAUUAACCACAGAACUGGUGAAAGGUGCUUCCUGAAUUUCAAACCUUGUGGCCUUUUUGGCAAAGAACUGCACAAGGUUGAAGGAUAUAUUCUGGACAAAAGCAAAAAGAAGCUGUGUGCUCUCUAUGGGAAAUGGACGGAGUGCCUGUACGUCAUCGACUUCGCCGCCUUCGAGGCGCAUAAGAAAAAUGACAAGAAAGGAGCAGAGGAGAAAAAAGGCAGCAAAGCGGGCUGCAGCGAGGGUCAGGAGGAGCUUCCUUCACCUGCUGCAGACACUGUGCAGGUGAUUCCUGGCAGCCAGCUGCUGUGGAGAAUCGCACCCAGACCGGCCAACUCCGCCCAGAUGUACAGCUUCACGUCGUUUGCAAUGCAGCUGAACGAGCUGCACAAGGAGAUGGAGGGAGUCAUCCCUCAGACCGACUGCAGGCGGAGGCCGGAUAUACGAGCCAUGGAGAACGGGGACAUCGAUAUGGCCAGUGAGGAGAAGAAGAGGCUCGAGGAAAAACAGAGAGCUGCUCGAAAGAACCGCUCCAAAUCUGAAGAGGAGUGGAAAACAAGGAGUCCUGCGCUGGGUCCAAGGUGGUUUCAACAGGGACAAAACCCCCACAACAGCUCCCAGGACUGGCUCUUCUCUGGUGGGUACUGGGACAGGACGUACAGCGAGCUGCCGGACAUUUACUAACGGACACUUCCUGUCCAGUGUCGUCCGUGCCGAGCAGCGUCAACAGUUUUUUAAUGGAACAGCUACAGUAACUACAAGCUGUAUGCAAACAGUGUACUUCAACUGCGUGGCCUUAUUCUACUUUAUAAUGCUGAAACUGCAUCAAAAUGUCAAUAAUCAAUAUUUAAAAGGUCUGAAAUGUAAAGUUGUUUGACAAUGUUUUUGAGAUGUAGUAUUUGUAUUUAUACUGAGACCAGACUGUUUCUCUCCAUCAUGUUUUCAGCACAGUGGAGAGGUGCUGAUGAUGGUUUUAGUGUCCAUCUGUCUCUUUUUAAAUGUCCAUAAUAGUGUGUCGACUCUGGCUGUAUAUCUGUGCACAUACUUCACACGAAUCCGACCGUCAGUGACCUCAUCACGCCGUUCACAUUUCCUCUGGACUCGUGUUAAACUCACUAAACCGCUUCCAGUUCACUUCAUAUGAGAUGGAUGUGGGUGUCGGCCAUUUCUCCUGAUACAGUGAAACACACUAUAUUUUCUGCACCACUGUUACACAUGUGAUCUGAGUUUAAGAAUCAUCUGCCACGUGUUUUGUUUGUUUUUAUCUCGUCCACUGAAUCCUGUGUCUGUUAUGUUUCAUAUAUUAUAACACACAUAAGACUGAGUUCUGUAAAGAGGUUUAUUAAUAGUUCUGCUGAAACUCUAAAAUCUGUGCAUCAUACAAUCUGUCAGACUAAACAAAGCGGGUUGGGGGUUGUAAGGUCACGUGACAUGGAAAAUGUAGAAUUUUAAGGUGUUUUGCCUCCAUUAUAGUAUUUUAUUGCAAACCUAAAUAAAACAC